GAAACCUUUUUUCUUUAUGAAUGGACUCGUUUGAUAGCAAAGAAAUUAAGGAACCCUGAGAUACAUGCAAGUUUUAUUGGAAUGCAUCUAUGAACGCAGAUUAGUUGACAGGAUCAACGUGCGGAUUUUCUAAUUAGAUAUUGGAUUAUUCAUCGUGCUGUGAUUAUUUUUUGAGUGGAGAUCAUCUCACCUAAUAGAAGCUAGCAAAAUGAUGAAUCCAUGGAGAAUCCAAGAAGAGGAGGAUUUGAGUUCCUUUGCGAUGCCCUUCUUGGAGAGUGAAGAACGAUCUCCCGGGAGCUCACAAGCAGGAAGCAAUUCAUCUUCCCCUGGAGGAAGUCUAACAAACAUCGACAGCAACAGCAGAAGAUAUACCUUCCCAAGUAAUAGCUCUAAACCGGGUAAAAGGAGAUGGCACAGUGGACCAGCGCCCUCAACAUCCAGUCAACAAUCUCCUAGCUCUGGCAAACUACUCUACAGCACAUCACAAUCAAGAUCAGUAGUUGGAUCCCCGAGCGCCACCACCACCCAGCCAUAUUCUUACGUUAGCGGCCUUCAACAACUCAGACUGCAGGACUACAACAGGGAGCCGGAGAGGAGACUGCCUCGGCGGGUCCUUGUCCGGCAGUUCUCGGACCAGGGAGAGUCUGUAUCGGUACCUUUCCAUCCGACUGAAGCAGAUGUCGCAGGAGCAAAUGUCGUUUCACCCAUGGAGGAUGUUCACAGCAGCUUUCCUGGUGGGUGA